UUCGAAACACCCCCUUAUAAUAGUGGUACCACUCAGGAAUAAAGGUUAAAGGUUACGAGUCACGAAUGAUCAGCUCGCAGAUCGAGCGAGAAGUAGAGCUGCUUUGUUUUGUCAAGGACGCAAUUGACACCACACCUUCAUUCAGUUUCUAAAGGUCACCUAGAACACGUGAAACCAUGAGUGCCCCAGUCAAGGAUGUCACCAUCCCAGAAGACGCACCGUCGGACUUACUACUGAACAAACAUGCUGACUUCAUUGCUUUAUAUGGUGCCAAGAAAGAUGACUAUGAGUACUGUAUGACGGAGUACCUGCGUCUCAGCGGGAUGUACUGGGGACUCACGACCAUGGAUCUGCUGGGGCAGCUGGAGCGGAUGGACCGUCAGCAGGUGGUGGAGUUUGUCGCAGCAUGUCAGCACGACUGCGGAGGUUUCGGCGCCAGCGUGGGACACGAUCCUCACCUCCUGUAUGCACUCAGUGCAGUACAGAUUCUGACCCUGUAUGAUGCAUUAGAUGCAGUAAAUGUGGACAAACUUGUGGAGUUUGUGUCCAACUUACAACAGCCAGAUGGUUCCUUUUAUGGUGACAAAUGGGGUGAAGUUGACACCAGGUUUUCCUUCUGUGCUGUUGCCUGUCUGAAGCUACUGGGCAAACUAAGUGCUAUUGACGUGGAAAAGGCCACCAACUUUGUCCUCUCCUGUAUGAAUUUUGAUGGAGGUUUUGGAUGCAGACCAGGGUCUGAAUCACACUCUGGACAGAUCUACUGCUGUGUUGGUUUCCUGGCAGUGACAGGACAGCUUCACCAUGUGAAUGCUGACCUGCUGGGCUGGUGGCUGUGUGAGAGACAACUCCCAUCAGGAGGCUUGAAUGGUCGGCCAGAGAAACUCCCUGACGUCUGUUACUCCUGGUGGGUCCUGGCGUCGCUGAAGAUGAUUGGUCGGUUGCACUGGAUUGACAAGGACAAACUGCGGACGUUCAUCCUCGCCUGUCAGGACGAGGAGACGGGAGGUUUUGCAGACCGACCAGGAGACAUGGUGGACCCCUUCCACACACUGUUUGGGAUUGCUGGGCUGUCUCUGCUGGGGGCUACAGAAGUGAAGACGGUCAACCCUGUCCUGUGUAUGCCUGAGGACACGCUCAGGAGAAUAAACCUGCACAUUGAACUCCUGUCUAGCUAGAACAUGGACAUUUUAGUAGCUGAAAGAGGUAGAAAAGUCUGCUCAUGGUUACUAUAGUCUGGUAGAUAGCGUGCAUGAUACAAGACAUUGUCAAGUCUGUUGCGACUCUUAUUAUCAAUGAGAAAUACAUACUGCUAUUAUGAUGUAAUGAAUUUAUGACAGAUAUUGCUUGCCUAUCCUGUCGUAAAACAGAAAACUGUAUUUCCUGCUAUGCAUGUGUGUACUAAAAGGCUGAAUACUAAAAGUAAUGAAUGUCACUCAAAAUGUCUGGAACUAAAUAUCCGUUUUUAUCCAGUUGUAUAAAUUGAAUUGUAUUUGAAUAUGAUUGAGCCAGGAGUUCCUGAUGACCAAGUUGAAUACAUGUACAUGUGGGCGGAUCUCCUUGUGUCGAGAAGUUGUGAUAGAUCUGUAUGGCCGCAGGACGCAGAAUUUGCAAAAAAUAAAAUCAAAGCAGAGCCUAACCUCUGCUUUCAUCCCAAACCUGUGUGCACUCUGUCACAGUUACACAUUUCAUUGGUCUUAUGAUUUUUUUGUCAGCCUCAAACUUGUAUUUACUCACAAUGAACUAGUCUGCUGCAAUCUGAUGUGCACAUUUAAUUAAAGACAC